AUGUCCGGUGGUUUAGGACGAUUGCCAAGUGAGGAGGAAUUAGACGAUAGUCUCUGGAAUGUUCCGAAUAAUGCAGCAGGGCCAGGAUAUGUACCAAUGGCUCCAAGUGAUCGAUGGCUCGAUGGACUGAAUGCUAAGGUUGGCGACUGCGUCCUCUACCGAGGUGAAGCAUGUCGUGAAUAUCUCACCGGUCAAUAUGUUAUGAUUGUGAGCGAUAAUAGAGAGGAUAUGUACGAUGUUGAUCGUAAUCUUCGGGCUGCAAUGAUGUUCAUUAACAGUAGCCCAAUUAUAUCGGCACAAUGUAAGCAUUAUUCGCAUGCUGUUGCAUGCUAUCAUAUGUAUAAGAUAUGUGACAGGAGAUCCGGAACAGACUAUCGAACUACAUCCGGUAUGCCUCAUAUAUUGACGAUUUGCCGAAAGGAUUGUGAUUCACUGCAGGGAGAUUUAUGUCCUAAAGAAUUAGCGUUAGCAGCUGAGCAUGACCUGGUUGGUGACGAUCCCAAAGCUCUUCUUCCCAAAUGUCAGUCAUUAAAUCCGAAAGCGGAAUACUGCGUACCAAUUAUUAGUGUUGCUGAUCAGUCUGAAGGUAGUACUGCUUUAUCUUCCGAUUCUUCGAAAGAAUUACCACAUUGGUGCUAUGUGGAUAGUGGUAAAACUUACAAUGGUAAUGCUUCGGUAACAAAGUCUGGAAAGCUUUGUAUGAAUUGGACGCAGAGCUCAUCGAGGGAAUUCAACAUUGAUCGAUAUUCGUCAUUACGAACUAGCAAGAAUUAUUGUCGUAAUCCUGGAGGUAAAAAGAGUUCUCCGUGGUGUUUUGCUCAUCCAAAUGGACAGGAAGAAUACUGUGAUAUUACUCAAUGUCCUGCUAGUAUGUAUCCUUACCUAAGAGAUCGAGAAGUGAUGGGAACCAUUGACGAUGAUGGUUCUAUAAUUGGUGAUCUAUCAGAUAUUUGGUCAGGUCUGUCGUCACCAAAGCAGUUAGCAGUACUCGGUGGUUUUGGAUUUUUUAUUUUUAGUCUGAUUCUUCUGUGUUGUUAUUGUUGUUGUCGAAAGAAACGUAGAGGAACGGCAGGCUCUUCAUCAACUAUCAAGAAAAAUGGGCUACAAAACUGCAAUGGAUGCAGUAUUUCAAGCAGCGCUGUAAAUAGCACACAUUAUCGGAAACUAAAUGGUACAGCAAACACUGAUCCGAACAAUGCCGCUUUUGAGCUUUCCUCACUGAUACAAGCAUCAACAAAUAGUAAUAAUUUUAUGCAACAUCAUCAUUCUGGUAGUUAUGCUCAGUACAGCCCAAGACCUUCCACUGAGCCUUCCGUUGAGCCAUAUCAAAUUCCUGAAAUACAGUCUAGCCAGUUGCAAAUCGGUGAUUUGAUUGGCGAAGGACAGUUUGGUGUUAUACACAAUGGUAAUUGGCAUGGUUCACUUCUUAAUGGUGAGCCGAUGCAGGUGGCAAUUAAAUCGUUGAAAUCUGGAAGUAGCGCCGUGGAGAGACAAAAUUUUGAAGAGGAAAUCCGUACAAUAGCACCCUUCGAUCAUCCAAAUGUUGUGCGUUUGCUUGGUGUUUGUUACUUUGAUACACAGCAGCUGAGUGCUGUGUUUGAGUAUAUGGUACAUGGUGAUCUGCAUGACUUUUUGCGCCUUCGAGCACCAAAAACCAAUGGAUAUGAACAAAUAAUCGAUCAGGAGCGGAUUAUCGCUGACAAUGAGGAUUUUUUGCGUAUCGCCCUUCAGAUUGCAUACGGUAUGAAGUAUUUGUCGAGCAUGAAUUUCGUACAUCGUGAUUUAGCAGCUAGAAAUUGUCUCGUGGCUGAUCAGCGGGUUAUUAAAAUUGCUGAUUUUGGUUUAGUCCGAAGUUGCUAUGAAAGGGAUUACUACAAGGUGAUGCAUCGGACAUGGUUGCCAGUUCGUUGGAUGUCAAAGGAGGCAAUUCAGUACGGUCGCUUCAGUGAAGCAACUGAUGUUUGGUCAUUUGGAGUAACUUUAUGGGAAAUUUACUCAUACGGAAGGCAGCCAUACGAGAGUUACUCUCAUCAGGAUGUCAUUGAAUUGAUUUCUAUGCGAAGUCUACUUGAAUGUCCACAGAAUUGCCCAACUAAUAUAUAUAGUUUAAUGGUUGAAUGUUGGCAUGAACAUCCUGAAAGACGCCCAGCAUUCAGUGAACUUUAUUCACGUCUUCAAACUUGGUCACUUACAAGUCCAUCGCAAUCUGUACUUUCUCACCAACAAAAUCAUCCUGGCAGUUCGCAUUCCGAUUCAAGUGCUGCUGCAAAUCGAGGUAGCAGGCAAUCAUCAUCAACUCCAUCGGUGAGCUUAUUACGCGGUACUGCUGGUAAUACCUCUCUUGGAACUGCUCCGAGUACCACAGCUUUUUCGGUACCUUCACCUGCUCCGAUGCAAACAAUGAUGACAUUGAACGGCAUGCAUUCUUACCAAGUUGGAAGUACCCACUUAAUAUCUGGAGGAAGUCAUAAUCGUUCACCAAAAACUCAGUUGCAAAAUGCAGCAACCAGAACGAGUAAUAAUGCAACAGCAACAACAUCACUAAUACGACAUUCAGGAACAUCAAAUUUCAAUUAUUCCGGCGAUGAUGCAGCAAGUGAAGAAUCUGAUUGA